AGUAGUAGUAGUAGAAGAAGUAGCAGUAACAGUAGCAGUAGUAGUCAUAGCAGUAGCAGUAGUCGUAGCAGUAGUAGAAGUAUCAGUAGUAGCAGUAACAGUAGCAGUGGUAGUCGUAACUGUAGUAGUAGUAGUAGUAGUAGUAGAAGAAGUAGCAGUAACAGUAGUAGUAGCAGUAGUAGUCAUAGCAGUAGCAGUAGUCGUAGCAGUAGUAGAAGUAGCAGUAGUAGCAGUAACAGUAGUAGUAGCAGUAGUACUCGUAGCAGUAGCUGUAACAGUAACAGUACUAGUAGCAGUAUCAGUAGCAGUAGUAGCAGUAGCAGUAGUAGCAGUAGCAGUAGCAGUAGUAGUAGUAGUAGCAGUAGUAGUCAUAGCAGUAGUAGUAGUAACAGUAGUAGUAGCCGUAGCAGUAACAGUAGUAAUAGCAGGAGCAGUAGUAGUCAUAGCAGUAGUCGUAGAAGUAGCAGUAACAGUAAUGGUAGCAGUAGCAGUGGUAGUCGUAGCUGUAGUGGUAGUAGUAGUAGAAGUAGCAGUAACAGUAGU